CCGCCCGGGAGUCGGCGUGACAGAGGAAAACUGGAAUAAUGUCUGAGGAAAGCUUCACUACCGCCGCUUUCCCGCUUGGUUUAAAUCGGCCUCCCGUCCUGCACCGCGCUGCCUAUCAACAGACCAGAGGAAUCGAGAGCCGGCUGCACGACCACCAGGAUGGGGUUGAUUAGUUACGUCUGUCGUCAGGGUGAAAGGUCAGGGGGCGGUGUGGUCGGGUGUCUGCCAACUGGUCAGGCUGUAAGCUGCCCUGGAUCCCGAGUUCGUAUUUAUUUGUUCGGGAGAUGGCGCAGGCUGCGCGGCCGGUCCUGGGCCUGGGUCUGUUUCGGGGUCCGGUGCCGAUUGUGCUGCGCUCGCUGGGACUCAGGGGGACUUGUAGAUCCCGCUCCAACAGACAGGCUCAACCUCUGCAAAGCCACCCACCCCGCCGGCCCGUCAGAGCUCCGAGUACAGAACCAGACCUGAAUAGUUUUGCCUUACGGACCCAUACUUGUGGAGAGCUGUGUACUGCUCACAUUGGUCAAGAGGUCAGACUCUGUGGCUGGGUUCAGUAUCAGAGACAGGGUAUCUUUAUUGUGCUGAGAGAUUUUGAUGGGUUAACACAGAUUGUUAUACCCCAGGAGAAGUCUGCUGCACACCUCAAGAAGAUAUUGUGUGAACUUCCUCUGGAAUCUGUAAUUGCUGUCACUGGAACAGUGAUUCCCCGACCACCAGGACAAGCGAAUUUGGAGAUGCCAACAGGAAAAAUUGAAGUGCAAAUGCAGAAUGCUGAGAUUCUCAACAGAUGUAGGAAGCUGCCUUUUGAAAUUAAGGAGCUUGUAAAGAAAUCAGAAGCACUGCGCAUGCAAUUCCGCUACCUGGAUCUGAGGAGUUCCCAGAUGCAGUAUAGCUUGCGACUGCGGUCCCAGAUGGUAAUGAAGAUGAGAGAGUAUCUCUGUAAUUUACAUGGUUUUGUCGAUGUGGAGACUCCAACAUUAUUUAAGAAAACUCCUGGUGGAGCCAAGGAAUUUGUGGUGCCCUCAAUGGAGCCAGGGAAGUUUUACUGCCUCCCACAGAGUCCUCAACAAUUCAAGCAGCUUUUGAUGAUAGGAGGGCUGGACAGGUACUUCCAAGUGGCUCGCUGUUAUAGAGAUGAGGGAUCAAAGCCAGACCGACAACCUGAAUUUACCCAGAUCGACAUUGAGAUGUCCUUCAUAGACCAGGCAAGGAUACGGAAGCUGAUAGAAGGGCUGAUAGAAUAUUCCUGGCCAGAGGAGAAAGGAGAUAUUGACACCCCUUUCCCAUCAAUGACUUACGCAGAUGCCAUGGACAGUUAUGGCGUUGACAAACCUGAUACUCGUUUUGGAAUGAAGAUCGUUGAUGUUAGUGAAAUGUUCAGAAAUACAGAGAUUUCCUUCCUGCGUAAUGCACUUUCCUGUCCACGUGGUGCAAUACGGAUGAUCUCAGUUGCUGAUGGAGUGAAAUAUUUUAAAAAGAGGGAUUUUGAAAACCUUACCCAAUUGGCAAAAUCUCAGUUUAAUCAGGACUUAACGUUUGUUACGCUGCAACCUGAUGGCACAUGGAAAUCUGCAAUUUCCAAAUUCCUUACAGAUAUGGAGAAAUCUCAGCUAUGUCACAUAACCAAUAUUCAAAAAGGUGAUGUGCUGAUUCUUGCAGCAGGAGAUUGGACAAAGGCAAAUGCUGCAUUAGGGAAAUUGCGGUUGGAGUGUGCAGAUAUUUUGGAAUCUAGAGGUGUCACCCUCAGAGAUCCAGGUAUAUUCAAUUUCCUAUGGAUCAUCGAUUUUCCACUGUUUCUACCAAAAGAAGACAAUCCUGAAGAGUUUGAAUCGGCUCAUCACCCCUUUACGGCACCACAUCCAGAUGAUAUCCAUCUCAUCUACACAGAGCCUAACAAGGUGAGGAGUCAACAUUAUGACUUGGUGUUAAACGGCAAUGAAAUAGGAGGAGGCUCCAUUCGAAUACAUAAUAUGGAGUUGCAGAAAUACGUCCUUGAGACAAUACUAAAGGAAGACAGUGGGUUGUUAUCACAUCUACUUGAGGCACUAGAUUCCGGAGCACCACCCCAUGGCGGGAUUGCAUUGGGUUUGGACAGACUCUUAGCUCUUAUAGUUGGAGCAUCAAGUAUCAGGGAUGUCAUUGCUUUUCCAAAGUCCUUCAGAGGUCGUGAUCUUAUGAGUAAAGCACCAGACUAUGUUAGCCCUGAAGAGCUGAAUCCGUAUCAUAUUCAGGUCAACUGGCCAACAGAAAUGCAUGAAGACAACGAUAAGUCAUGAUUUAUUGUAGUGACUGGUAACACUUUAAAGCAAAUAUGCACAGGAAAUCUAAUUGGAAUUUGGAUCAUAUUAGUUUGCACUGUUUCUAUGGCUUGGGAACCAAUAAAAUCAUUGAAAACUUGUGGCAGGAGCAGCUCUCUGCUAUGGUGGUAUGUUUAGUGUGUCUAUUGAUCAGAUUUCAGUUUCUGAACAAUGUUUCAAAUUUAUGGUCAUUUAAAGUUAAUUAAAUUACAGGAUCCCUCACUUAGAAAUGCGAUCCCAAAGAGUGUUGUAAUUUUAAAGAUCUGACAUAUGAACGUUUCCUGUGCUUAAGAAUAGCUAUUUUAUAUUGUGCUGCAUUGUGUUGCAACUUGCGUACAAAUCGACUUGCAAACGGACUCAAGAACAGAUUUCGUUCACAACCGGGGACUGUCUGCAGUAGAAAAUGUUUUUUUUAAAACUACCAGAUGUCUGAAUUCUUAGCACGAUGUCCUAUGCAGGUCCAGAGGAUAGUGCUAAAUUACUCUCUUUUUCACUUCAGUGCCUGAAUGUAGUUGAUCUGUUUUCAGCCAGAAGGCUCCCUCUGUGAUCUGGCCAAAAUGUGUUUAGUAUAGGAAGCAUCAGACAAUUUUAUUUUUAUCUUUCUUCUUUCUUUUCUUUCAAACUCAUUGUAGCAGUAGUCCAAACUCAUUGUAGCAGUAGGACUAUAAACUGGUGUCCGAACAUGACACCAGUUUAUAGUCCAACAGGUUUAUUUCUUCAUCUGACAACGGAGAAGCGCUCUGAAAGUAUGUGAUUUUAAAUAAACCUGUUGGACUAUAAUCUGGUGUUGUGUGACUUCUGACUUUGUCCAACCCAGUCCAACACUAGCAUCUCCACAUCAUUGUUGCAAUAGUGUCCAUGUUUGUUCAAUUAUUAGAAUAAUAUAUAUUAAUUCCUGUUCAUUAAUUCUUGGAUCACAGUGACGUUAGGCAUGAUAUUGCUUUGUCCAUCUGGUACAGAAAGCCUCAACCACACUUUUGUUACCUCCAACUAUGACUUUUCCAAUAUAAACGUAGUUGAUUCUUAGGCUAUAUAUUCUGUAUAAGCUCAGUCAUCCAAAUGUCUGCUACCCAGACCAUAUAACUUGCAUGAAGUCCUGUUCACCCAUUACCCAAGUUUUAUUUGGCCUAUGUUAUGUCUUGGUUAAACCACAUCUUUUAAAACUCUCAUUCCUAUUUUCAAAUCCCUCCAUGGCUUUGCCUCCAUCCUCUCUUGCACUCCUGUAAAUGUAACCUUUUUCAGCAUCCCCAAUUUUUAAUCCUUUCACAGUCAUGAUCAUGUCUUCAGAUAUCAAGCGACUGUGCUCCUCUUGACUGAAAACAACAAAUGUUGGAGAUUACAGGAUGUCAGACAGCAUUCAUGGAGAGAUAGCACAUCAUCUAGACUUUAAACGUUUGCUUGCUCUCUUUCCAUGGACGCUGUCUGACCUGCUGUGAUCGCCAGCAUUUGUUGAUUUCGGUACAGAUUGCAGCAUCUGAAGUAAUUUGCUCCAAGACUAUGCUCUUGGUUCCUUCCUGUACCUCAGCUUACCACUAUUGUUUCCUUAAUGAUGUUUUGAUCAUGCUUUUGUUGAUCUGUUUCAUGUUUCCUAUGGAUAUGAACUUUUUUUAAAAAAAAGGGCCAGUAUUCCCCAUCUGCAUGUGGAAAAGCUUUAUUUUCCCCAUUAGUUAACACUCCCAUAGUAGCUAGAUUUGAUCCAUAUAUUCUUUUGUUAUAAGAUUGUAUUGUGGCUUUUUUAAAAUGACGUGUACAGUCAAAUAAAAAAUUGUAAUACUGUCAA